AUGGAUCACGCCGACAGAAUCAGGCAGAACCUCGAGUUCCUGGGGCUCGAGAGCCUCGGGAGCCUCGGAAGUAUCUCGCUGGAGCAGCUGGUCGAUGAGGUACAGACGAAUGUGCCCCCGGCUGUGAGCAAGGGCCGGAUUCUAUCUUUCUACCUCAUGUGGCUUCAUCAGCGUCUCAUGGAAGUCGACAUCUCCAACGAUGAGACCUUGCACCAUGAGGUCGCAACUUGGUACCGAUCCAUGAAGGCCCUGUCCUUCAGCGACGGCGACAUCGUAAAAGCCGUCCGUGAGUGGCAGCGUUGCACGGCCACCACGGAUCCUGUCGCUGCAGGACGGAUGAUCUUGGCGGAAUUCAAGUUAUCCCAGGUGAUCGCUACCUCGCCCGAGAACCAAGCGCGCGGUCCCGAUAUCGCAACAUCGGAAGGUCAUUACAGCCACAUGCACCCCGACAGACUCGCGCUCUCGCAAGAAGCCGACACAGCCGCUGACCUGCGAGGUGGUGAAGGGGACGACGACGAUGACGUUGUGUUCCUCUCUUCCAAGACGCUGUCCAAGGAUUCGAGCCCGUCUCAAAGCCAUGGCGGAGAUCAGCCCCCGGACCCGCCAUUUUUGACUGGAGCCAACAAAGUGGCCUUGGGCAGAACGAGAAAUCUAUAUCCCAACGAGGAGCGCGUCGAGAACCCCCCGAGACAGGGUACACCGAGAACGGAACGGGCUCCCUUCGCCAGACGGUCUCCGCGACCCGCCACUCCUGCCCUACCUGACCAACCGAGCCUACCCAUCGAGGCCCACGAUCGACUCCCCCCAAGUCUGCCGACCAGUUCCAGCCUCGUGCCGCUCCCUUCGUGUGACCGCUGCCAUUCGUCUGACCAUAUUUACAAAAACUGUCCCACCAUUUUGGAUCCCCGGCACGAUAGACGGCCAGCGCCAACGUUUCAGUGUCGCAUCUGCGGCAAGUUCGGCGAGCAUUUCGGCCAGAUGUGCCCGAUGAACCGAGAUCCGAAGUCCGUCGCCGGGCGGCGGCGCCAGGCAGCGAGGAAUAUCGGCUGGGGUGAGCAAAGCCGCAGUCCUGGGCAGGAACGCGAAGUUUCAUAUAUUCCGGUGGCGCCGCCACGGGCUGACCAUCAUCGCGGGGCUGACGGUAUGCCUCGCAGGAGGAGCCGUGCCAAACUCCUCACUCGCGAAGAUUGGCGAGUCCUGCGCGAGCAAGACCGACUUCGUCUCGAGUACGACUUUCGCCCCGAGUACGAGUCAUCCCGCCACCGGGUGCCGGCCCACGGACAUCAGACGGGCAAGCGCCCGGCAUCGCGCUCCCCUCCUCGCAGCCGCCACGACGGGCGCCACCGGCAUGGCGCCGAGGACGUCGGGAGGGUGCCCCACCAGGGGGGCGCCUUCGCUGCUGAUUUGAUCGGCGAGCGCCAGAACCGGGACGAAAGACGGCUGGCAUACGAGGACGAGGUCUACCGAGACACUCCGUCUUCUUCAUCCCGUGACUGGCCACCUCGGGCGCCGGUCAUCGAAACGGGGCGUGUCGACACGCGACAAGAGCCCGUCGCCGCAGCGAGUGAAGGCGCCCGUGGCAUUGCUGGCAGUGGGGUCAUGGAUUUCCUCUAUGCCCGUUCCAACAGCUCAAGGACCCAGCAGCUCGACGCGGGACACCGAGGACCGGCGGACACAGAGAUGCCCGACGCACCGCCCGUCGCAUGGCAAGAGCCGCCCGUCGUACGGGAGCCGCCCGCCCCUUCUCUGUGGGCUCCCGUGGAAGUGAUCGUCGUCGACUCCACGCCGUCUACGCCUGGCCGUAACCAAGCUGCGUUCGACAUUUUCAAAACCACCCGCCAGUCAUGA